AUGGCAAAAUGCUACAUACAUGUCUCUAUAGCAAAUGUGUUGCAGCAUCAACAUCAGUCCAUGACUACUGCUUAUGAUAUGCUUAAAUCUCUCAAAGAGAUGUUUGGUGAGCAAAAUGGUGCAGCAAAGCAGACGGCCAUGAAAGCUCUUUUGACCACAAAAAUUAUUGAAGGAACUUCGGUAAGGGAACAUGUUCUUAAAAUGAUGAGUUUGUUGAACGAGUUGGAAAUUCUUGGUGCGGUUAUUGAUAAGGAAUCUCAAGUUGAGAUGGUCCUGCAGACUUUGCCGAACAGUUUUCAACAGUUUCGCUUGAACUAUAAUAGGAAUAAGAUGGACUUAUCUCUUGCAAAACUGUUGAAUGAGUUGCAAGCGGUAGAAUCUAUCAUUAAGCAAUAA